ACGACUACAGAUGGUAUGAAAUGUAUUCUGGACCGCAAAGGGUUUAGAAGGGGGGGUAGGAGACCUGGCCUCUUGUGGUGGGGGACUCUGAUUGGUGAAAAUGAGACCCUUGCUGCAGAGCAGAGGUACCUGGAGAAACUCUUCCCUGAUCGGAGUCCAGAAGAGAGAGAGCAACAGGAGCCUUUCCUGCGGAAAUUCAGCACCUCUCCUGUGUUUAAGGAUGGCUCUCGCUAUGGAAACUUCCGGUUCACUUUCUCACUGGCUGAUGUUAUGAAAGAGUACAGCACACAGUUCUGUGGAGGAGCACACCCUGUCCUUAGAGUUUAUGAGACUGUAAUCUACAAGCAGGAGGUCAUGUACGUGGUGGUGAUUCAUAGCCCUGAUGUUCAUGAUUUUGAUGGUUACCCAGAGUUGGGGGAUAAUGAUGAGGGUGUGUGUGCUUACAGGGAUGGAGAGAUCAUCUGGCGUGCUCAAGCCAUCUCUCAAACACACCGCUAUAGACUGACUGAAAACAGAGAUGACAAACAAGUUAGCGUAGGAGGUGGGUUUAAGGUAUUCUAUGUGUGGGAUCACGUGACCCUGGCCUUUCACAUGCCAGAAGGUAAAAAUCUAGUAUUCCCUUUGGAGACGCUUCUGCAGUCUCUCACUGCGUGUGGUGGUGCAGUAAAUUCUCUGAACCCUGUGAUUGGCAAAGUGAAAGCAGGAAAGAUAGUUCAGGAAAAGAAGGCCGAUGCAUAA